GUGACGUCACAAUAGCGUCGCCAUUUUCGCAGCUCUUUGUGCGCCACUCUCUGCAUACAGUUUGCGUGUUUUUUUUGGUCGAGCGAUUCGUCGACUCGGGUUUUAAUUAGUUUUAACAAAAUGCACGGAAACAGAGGCCCACAUCAGAACCACGGGUCCAACCGCCCGGGAGACCAGAAGAAACCUGGAGGGACAAACUCCAAUGGCCAGCAGCCGGAGUCCUGCGAGUCGAACAACCCCAACGAGGCCUUAACCCUGGACCUGCAGAGCUUCAGGAAACCCGGGGAGAAGACCUUCACCCAGCGCAGCAGGUUGUUUGUAGGAAACCUUCCUACCGGGGUCACUGAGGAGGAUCUCGAGAAGCUGUUCGACAAGUAUGGCAAGGCCAGUGAAAUCUUUAUCAACAAAGAAAGAGGCUUCGGCUUCAUCCGACUGGAGACCAGGAUCAUAGCAGAGAUCGCCAGAGCCGAGCUGGAUGAUGCUCCGUUCAGAGGCAGGCCCAUACGAGUGAGGUUUGCAACACACGGUGCUGCCCUAACUGUGAAAAAUUUGCCAGAUUUUGUGUCCAACGAGCUGCUGGAGGAGGCCUUUGGUGUGUUUGGUCAGAUAGAAAGAGCUGUGGUCAUAGUGGAUGACCGAGGGAGGCCAACGGGGAAGGGAAUAGUGGAGUACACCUCAAAGCCAGCUGCAAGAAAGGCUUUGGAUAAGUGCAGUGAUGGUGCCUAUCUUCUCACAGCUUUUCCACGACCUAUUACAGUGGAACCGAUGGAACAGCUCGAUGAAGAGGAGGGACUGUCAGAAAAGAUCAUCAACAAAAACCAGCAGUAUCACAAAGAGCGUGAGCAGCCGCCACGAUUCGCUCAGGCGGGCUCCUUCGAGUUUGAGUACGCCAUGCGUUGGAAGGCCCUGAUGGAGAUGGAGAAGCAGCAGUACGAAAUGGUGGACCGCAACAUGAAGGAGGCCCAGGAGAAGCUGGAGGCUGAGAUGGAGGCGGCUAGACACGAGCAUCAAGUGAUGCUGAUGAGACAGGACCUGCUGAGGCGGCAGGAGGAGCUGCGGAGGAUGGAGGAGCUCCACAAUCAGGAGGUGCAGAAGAGGAAACAGGCCGAGAUCCGGCAGGAGGAGGAACGCCGGAGGCGAGAGGAGGAGAUGAGGAUGCGCAGUGAGGAGAUGCUGAAGAGGCAGCAGGAGGGGUUCAGAGGCAACUUCCCUGAAAAUAGGGAGCAAGACAUGAGGAUGCAUAUGGGCAAUCAUGGGAUGAACAGAAACUCGCUGGGUGGCAAUUCUGGUCCUGCAGGUACUCCUGGCAUCGCCGCUGAGAAUGCUCCAAUGAUGCCCGGGCCCGGAAACAACAACAUGCCCGGAGGAGGCCAGGGUGGCUUCCCCAGAGGCCUCCCGGGGCCUGGAGACUAUGGACCUAAUAAGCAACGCAGAUUUUGAAUCACAUGUCUUUAUUUUGUCCCUUUUCACUCUCUGUAUUUUAAAGUUCAGGUAGUGAGUGUUACUUUUUGAACUUUGAAAACUGUUGCAUGUAUUUUCGUUUUUUUUUACCUUUUUAUUUGUACCUUGAGUUAUGUCUUUAGUACUAAAAUGUCAUAACUCCAAAUGAGCCAUGUCUUUUACUUUAUAAUUUCACAUUGGUGUAUUUUUCAUAGGGAUAGAAAGUGUUCUUGUCCUGGACAUGUUGACUAUUCUAGAAUAAAUUCAUGAUUCCCUAAGAACUUUGUUUCUACAUUAAAGAUUUCUCAAUGUCUUUCAAAGCAGCUUGGAGCCUAAUGUGUUACCAUAAAUACACCGUUUAUCUACAAGAUGGUAAUGUACACGUAGGACGUGUCUCCUUCUGGUCGUUGGUUCAGUGCCUAUAGUCACAGCUGUCAGAUGGAUUUCUGGCAUUGAUUAGAGUAUUGAUUUAAGGAAAACUGGCACUGAUGAAACAAUGGCCUUAAACACAAUUUCAAGGCAGCAUAUAAUCAAUACCAUCCAACUCCAAUGAGGUAGACACAAUAUGAUGCAAAAUGUCAUGAAAGUAAAGGUUGAGCAGUACAAACUAACAUGCUGUGAGUUGCUGUAAUAAGACAUUUGUCAACACAGCUGUAGCUAAUCUAGUUUAUUGGUCAGUCUAAAUAAAUACAGUUAACAAACAUGCAUUGACAGUGAUAUUGAGGUUGAUUUGUUGAUUGUUACAUAAGGGAUUUUUU